AUGGCACCUAAUCAACGAAGAAAAAUGCGAUUCGAAAUCGGACCAGACUCAGAACAUGAUAAGAGCCAGGGCCCCAGUAGUUCCGCAAGUUUAACAAGAAUAAAUUCCCCCUCAUUCUCGCGUCCUGGUACAGCACACUCUAUACUCUCCCGAGUCCAACCAAUCACAGCACCAACUAUAGGAAAUAUCGGAGAAGACAAUAUUGAUUACCAUGCUCCAAACAUGGAAAUAGACACCACAAUCCAAGAUGAUGAGGAAGAUGGAAACUACUCCCAGUCUCUGACAACCAAUUCCCAGUCCCAAAAUGUAUCGAGAUCAGCGUUUCGAAGUAAUGCCGGAUACAAUUCUCAAGCUUCCACACAAGUUAGAGGUACGGGAGGCCGAAGUGCAAGUGGAAGCGCAUCCCAAGCAGUUACCAGAAGAACUGUCACUCGAGAAAUCAAUGUACCUCCUGUAUUCAUGCAAAUCCAGUCUUUCGACUUGUCAGCACCUCAUUCCCAAUUCCAUGGCCAGCAACAACAUCAUCAUCAUCAUCAUCGUUCACAAAAUUCUGAAGCACACUUCCACUUUCAAGAGAUGGCUCGACGUCAGCUCGAAUUUGAGCUGCUCAACGCCGCCGAACAAGCCAUUCAAGAGCGCUGGGCACAGCAGCAACUAGCUCGACAACAUGAGCCAUGCGUCAUGGGAUUCGGUUGGCAGCGCAUCGAAGGUGGAUAUGCAUGUGACGGGGGCUCUCAUAUUGUUACAGAUGAGUUACUCAUCGAAGGAAAUGGUGGCUAUAUGCUCAGAAAUUGCCAACUGAUUGAUGGGGAAUGGUAUGGCCCUCUCUACAGCGCAGAAGAAGCAGUAGUAAACGAUUUCAUAAAUGAAUUGAAGGAAGCUGGAGUUUGGUGGGAAGGCGUUGAUCCGGACAGCGACGAUCCUCGAUUAUGGCGCAUAUAA